GUGCACACACGACGAUAGCGAGAUGAACAAUGCUCCCGCUGACCCGCUAUCUUGGUAUUAUGAUAUACCCGUGGUGACCCGGGUGUAUCUGACGGCUGCGUUUGUUACGACGGCCAUGUGCCAGCUGGAUGCCACCUCUUCGACGAAGCUCUUCUUCAGCUGGCCGCUGAUAUGCAAGGGGCAGGUGUGGCGGCUAGUGACCAACUUCUUCUACUUCGGGGCGCUGGACGUGCACUUUCUCUUCCACAUGUACUUCCUCGUGAGAUAUAGCCGAUUACUCGAGGAGGGAGACUUCAGGGGGAGAACGGGAGACUUCGUGUGGUUCUUGCUGUUCUGCGCCUCGCUCAUGAUUGGGGCGGCCCCCUACUUGGCAAUGAACUUCCUUGGCCGACCGCUUGCGUUCAUGAUGGUCUACGUCUGGGGGAGGAGAAACGAGCACGUGAGAAUGAACCUGCUGGGGAUGUUCCCCUUCACGGCGCCGUACUUGCCGUGGGUCCUGCUCCUCCUGUCGGCAGUUCUAGGAUCGCCGCUGGAAAGCGAUCUGUUGGGCAUCGCCGUUGGUCACCUAUUCUUUUUCCUAGAGUUCGUAUACCCGGAAGUGGCGAACAUCAGGGGCUGGAAGUGGAAGCAGCUCAUGCGCGCGCCUAGGAUUGUACAGCAGCUUUGCGGGCAGGUGCCUGCCGUGGACCGUCAGGAUGUGCCAGUAGUGGUUCCGGUACCCGAUGUCGGACAGGGUCACUUGCACGACGACUGAUGGGGGGGGGGGGGGGGGGGGGGNGGGGGGGGGGGGGGGGGGGAGAGCAAAACGCCUCGAUUCCCCUGAAAAGAUGUCUUAUUUGUCCUUGGAUAGGUUACGGUUUCUUUUGCGGAGUGGGGGAGUCGCGACGUCUGUCGUAUGUGGUCAAGUCUGAAUGUGGAACACGCGUGCCUGGCGGUACAGCAGUUGGCCUACGAGCAGCAUCUGUGGUUCUUCACGCGCACAAGUAGUAUGGCCGUUUCACAUGGCAGGAUCAGAUGGUUCUGCCACCGCCCAUGUUGAUCACGUCUGCCCCCAAGGUGGUCCAUCCUUUAAGCUGUUCGAGGGUCUCAGCUGAAAGGGCUUUCUAGGGAUUGCUCAAGUUGUAUUGCCGUGGAGGGAGCAUGUGUGUGUUCGGACGGUCGGUGUAGACACUCGAUAAAUACCCUUGUUUUUUUGUUUGCUUGUUUGUUUUUGUCUCCCAUCAUU